AUGAAAAAAGCAAAAUUCAGUGUGAUAAGCAUAGUUUUUAGCUUGGAAGUUGUGACCAAAAAUGAAAAAAAGUCGUUCAGCUCUAACAUCCUUUUGGUGCCUAACUGCCAUGACACCCAGAGGAAGCACGAGGGCUGGGGUACUGUCAGGUUGCCCAAGCCUAGAGGGGAGAAGUCGAGAGAUGGGGUCGGGUUCGAACCACGGACCUUCUGGUCAGUACAUUCGCGCUUUAACCACUUGGGCCAUUUCGCCCAUCUCUUGCAACUAAAAUCAACAAAAACUGUAAUUUCUCUUUUGAGAUUGUUCUUUAUUUCGACAAAUACACUCCUUUGUAAAUCAAUUUGGUUUUCACGGGAGACUCAACUGAAUCUCUCAUUUAUGAUAUUCUACAACUUAAUGUGCGGCACACUGGCCGCCUCUCGAUUCAGUUGGCACGAUAUUCGAGAUGUCGCAGUAUAUUUUCAUAGAGGAAACUACUCACAAUUCAGUCGGCGGGAACGUGUUUUCUCCGCAGUACGACUGCUACAUGUGUUCCAUAAUAGUCCGUGGACUUGUGGAGAGUGGUUGACUUCCUGUUCCCUGAGCGCGCGAGAGUUUGUGUGUGCUGACUGUGUUCGGUUUCCCUAUAUGUUCAGGCAACCUCGCCGUGUCUCGGCCCUCGUGCUUCCUUCGAGUGGCCCAGCAGCUAGGCACCGAUGGAGUGCUACAGCUCAACGGUUGCACGAGGGCUGGGAUACUGCCAGGUUGUCCAAGCCUGGACAGUCGAGAGGCAGAAGUCGGGUUCGAACCACGGACUUUCCG